UUUUGCUUCUUCUGAUUCCUUUCUCACGUUCUUUUGUUUACUUGCCGUCGUAAGGCUCUCCUCAUUUUCCUCCACCAAUUCUCAGUGUAAGCCAUUGAAACGACACCGUCACAUGAAUCCCGAACCAACUCCUUCUUCCCGCCUCUCAUGUCCCCCACGUCAAUAAGCAUCCCUUCUGAUAUUUCCCUUCUGGGUUUUAUAAUUUUCUUCCAUAUCCUCAAGGGUCAAGCUUUUCCUUCUGCUUGACUAUUUAUAUUUGCAUUUGUUGAAGUUGACAUUGAUCAUCGUCUAGAACCCAAUUACCAAAAUUUUGAAAAAGUAUGCUGCUUUCGUUGUAAUUUUCUUUUUUCUUUGGUAUGGCUUUGAUUGAGGCUUUGCCUGAAUUAUUGGAAAGACCAGCAAAUACAAUGGAGUACACAGGUUUGAUGGUGUUUCUAUGUCCUAUAUGGAUGGUCUUACUCGUUGGUGUUGUGAUCGGAUGGUCGUGGAAACCCAAGUGGGCACCUUUUGGGAACGGCAAGGACAAAUUCGGCUGCUCUGUUUCUAAAGGCUUCGAUUUUUCGUUGCCUUCUUCGCCGUCCCGGUCGUUAAUGUCCCCAUUAAAAGGCUUUUCAUCGGCUCCGUGCUUGAAUUCGUUUGACUUGGCUUCCCAAGGUUGUGAAGCCUUGUUCAUGGAUAGGGGAUUUGAGAGAACAACUUCUGCUUCACCUUCCGAAUUUGAUGAGGGCAGCACAUCGCAGCUCAAUGAAGAGAAGUCUAAUGUAGUGACAGAGGAGGACUUAGACCUUUUAUGCACGCUAGUAGAUAUGAAAGAUGGAGGUCCUACUUGGAUACAGAUGAUGGAACGUUCCACUCCAACUAUGAACUACCAAGGCUGGUGUAGGGAUCCCGAGAUUGGUCCUCCUCAAUAUCGUAGCAGAACUGUCUAUGAGGAUGCAACACCUGAGAUAGUAAGGGACUUUUUCUGGGAUGAUGAGUUUCGAUUAAGGUGGGAUGACAUGCUUAGGCAUUCGACAACGAUAGAAGAGUGCCCUACCACGGGAACCAUGGUGGUACAGUGGAUACGGAAGUUCCCGUUGUUCUGUAAAGACAGAGAAUACAUAAUAGGUCGUCGAAUUUGGGAAUCUGGAAGGUUGUAUUAUUGCGUGACAAAGGGAGUACCCUAUGCCUCUAUUCCAAGGAAUGACAAGCGAAGACGCGUUGACUUGUACUACUCAAGUUGGUGCAUUCAAGCAGUGGAAUCAAGAAGAGCCAACGGCCAGCUGACGGCAUGCGAGAUUCUACUCUUUCAUUAUGAAGAUACGGGUAUUCCAUGGGAUAUUGCAAAACUUGGAAUACGAAAAGCAAUGUGGGGGACCGUCAAGAAGAUCGAGGCUGGCUUACAUGCCUACCAAACAGAAAGAGCUUUAGGACUGCCACUUUCUCGGUCAGCCUUCAUGGCUCAGAUCAACACCAAAAUACAUCCGGAGUACCUGAAAGCCUCAGGAGACACCGAGGAUUCAUCACAGACUGAGGUGGUGACUGUAUCUGGCAAAGCUACGCGUAGGCACAUACCGAAGCUCCUAAUAUUUGGUGGGACCAUAAUCCUUGCUUGCAUUCUUAAUCGAGGGCUCUUGAUGAAGACAUUGGUAUUUGGGGUAACCAGAAGGUUUGCAAAGGAAAACUACAUUGGAGGAGGAGAUGAUCAUAUUUCAUGAAAUAUGUACAGGUGGAAGAUGUAAGGACAUAUCUUCUUAUGCUGCUUAGCUGCAGGGGUAAGGGGAGCUAACGAGCCACCAAGGUUUCAAAGGAGUCCAACCCGUCAAAUUGGGGUGCCAACUUUAGCAUCUGAGUGGUGGUGUUCAGCUCCACCUUCGGUUUU